AUGGCGACUCUUUUGAUUUUCUUUGUUUUAAUGAAUUUGGAUCUCCUCCUCAGGACAGGACACUGCACAGAGACACGUGACCAGAUUCUAUCAAUCACCCCAAAAACACAAGAACAAGUGGACAUCCUGAAGAAUGUAUCCACACAAUACGAGACAGCCUUGUGGCAGCCUGUUUCACCUCACUACAUCAAAGAAGAGACUCAGGUGCACCUCUUUGUUCCUGCAAACAGCUCAGAAACAGUCAAGGAACUGCUUCAGAGACAUGCAGUAGCACACGAGGUGUUGCUGGCUAAUGCUAAUGAGUUGAUCGAAAUGCAGACGAGGAACGACUCCACCGACCCACGAAGCAGCGCGACUUUCUACGAGAGAUAUCACAGUCUGGAGGAUAUCUAUUAUUGGAUAAACAGAACCGCACAUGACAACCCCAGCACAGUCAAAGUCAUUCUCGUUGGCUCUUCAUAUGAGAAGCGACCGCUAUACGCUCUGAAGUUGUCUUUUAACGACAGGCCCAAUAAGAAAGCCAUGUGGACUGACUGUGGGAUCCACGCCAGAGAGUGGAUCUCUCCUGCUUUCUGCUUAUGGUUCGUACACUAUUCUUUGUCAUUUUACAAGCAGAACCAAGACAUCACUGACAUCCUGGACAACAUGGACGUCUACGUCCUGCCUGUCAUGAACCCUGACGGGUACAAGUACACGUGGACAUCAAAUAGAAUGUGGAGGAAGAACCGCUCCAUCAGCAAGACGACUUCCUGCAUAGGAGCAGACCUGAACAGGAACUUUGAUGCCAACUGGUGCACGGAGGGAGCCUCCCAUAACCCCUGCACUGAGAUCUACUGCGGAGCGUUCCCCGAGUCCGAGCCGGAGUCACAGGCCGUGGCCGACUUCCUUCGCAGACACAAGGACACAGUUCAGCUCUACCUCUCCAUCCACUCCUACUCCCAGAUGCUGCUCUUCCCAUAUUCCUGCAGCUUGGAAGAAGCAGAGAACCACAGCGACUUGCUUGAGAUGGCCGAAGAAGCUGCACAGAAAAUCAGGAGAUAUUAUAGGAACAUCUACAGAUAUGGUGCUGGAGCAAAGACAAUAUAUUUGGCUCCUGGUGGUUCGGACGACUGGGCGUACAACCUCGGCAUCAAGUACUCCUUCACGUUUGAGCUCCAGGACCGCGGGCGUUAUGGCUUCCUGCUGCCACCGUCUCACAUUUCCGGCGCCUGCAAUGAAGCUCUGAUCGCUGUGAAGACUAUUGCUCUCAAGGUCAUAGAGAAAACCCAAGUUCCAACAGGUCCUCCACCAACUGUCUAAGCAGUUUGCCUGAAAUUAAGGUUGGGAAUUCAAUAAUUUAAGGAGUUUAUAUAUCCAUCUCACUGUCCAGUGCACAUCUGUGUGCUUGGCUUCUCGGCCCUCAAUAAACCUGAAGAAUCAGCA